UCUUCUUGAAGAAAGCUUUGGCGCAAGCUAAACGCGAGAAACUCUUAGAUGACGACACUUUGGAGUCCGCCGAAGCGGACAUUAUGAUCGCUGGUCCUGCCCUUUGCUUGUUCUUUGCGGCGCUGAAGUCGAACGCCGCAUCCCCUUCGGUUCCACUUCCUACCAAGUCCUCAAAGGGUCCAGUUUUGUUGUCCGCGAAGACAUGCCCACCCUCAUUCAGCAACUUUUUCGCCCUAUGGGCUUCGUGUGUUCCAGGAAUACAAGCGCUUACAACAUCUCAGCACGUCCCGGAUGUCCAUCCCUCCACCACUCGGUUGGCUGCGGAUCUUCGCGCAGUAGCAAUCGAGAUCAGUCAAAGGCGUUCAUUUCAGAAUCGGUAUGGGGCAGAUCUUCAGGCCGUGCUAGACGCCAACCCAGCAUCGAGUGGGAAGGGGACGGGACGCGCAAAAUUUGUGCCGCCCCCUUCAUAUUACGAGGAUGAUGAAGACAAAGUGCCACCGAUCUCUGAAAGUGUACGCAGGAGCACACCCUCAGGCUCACGUUCGCCCAGCAUCCUGAACGAGGAUGACCCAACGAUUGAUUUCAUUCCUCGGGCAUACUUCGCGGCUGUCUCACUUGCCGUUGUGGAGGUCUCCACCACAGCUGUGACACCCGCCGGAGAUGUCGAAGGGGUUUUAGGACAAUACAUUUUGUACGAUGAAUGUCCAGACCCUCUUAAACCCCUUAUGCGAGAAUUAGCGGGCAUCGCCGCUCGGGUAAAGGAGGUAGAGGUAGAGGACGAUAAACGUGCAAUGGACCUUAUCGCCCAAGGAAGGGAUGAAGAACUGGCAGCAUCUGUCACGAGGAUGGAGAGGCUGCAGGCUAUGCUUCGGCGUGGCGUAGGUGUUGAAGGACGGUCGAUGAGUCCAAAUGGAACGACGAUUCAGUUGGCAAAUAAGAUAAAUGGACUUGCGUUGAGGCUCGUGCAGUUGCCGGCUUUCAUGGAGCGGCAGAAUGAUGUUUUCGGGAUUGUGUCGGGGGCGAGGUGACCCUUUGGUGGCGCGUUAUAUUGGUUUGCUUGAUCUAAUGCCAUUAUUGUAACCUCGACUCUACGAACGGACGGCCUUUGUUUUAUGGCUGGUACAUUGUUUAGUAUGUAUGAGUUAUUUGUUGUAUGGAUGUAUAUCCUAUGUCUCCUAUAACUAUAGAACUUCGGAAUAUGGACACCCAAUGUACACA